CAUGCGCGUUUCCGCUUUGACGGAACCACGGAACUACCUCAGCUGCUCCGAGAAGCCAACUUUGAAACUUCGCUUUUAAAUGGAAGUGCGGCAAACAACGACAGCAGCUUCCGGCAGCAGGACACCGAGGACAGUCGACAUUUGAAGGCGCUGUUGAUCACCCAGCAGGAUUUUAAAUCUGACUGAAGAUUGGAGGACGAGUGUAACGUGAGUUUCAUUAAGUGCAGAGUGAAGCAGGAGGACACACACACACACACACACACACACACACACACACACACUAAGGGGGGAGGAGCCAUGUGGUGGUUCCAGCAGGGUCUGUGUAUCCUGCCCGUCGCGCUGGUCAUCUGGACGGCGGCGUCCUUCAUCUUUGCGUACAUCACAGCCGUGGUGCUGAGACACGUGGAUCCUCUGGUUCCUUACAUCAGUGACACGGGAACGAUGCCACCAGAGAGAUGUGUGUUUGGCAUCAUGCUAGAUGUCUCAGCUUUUUUAGGUAUGGCCACAGUGUACGUGCGUUACAAACAGGUGGAAGCUCUGAUCGGUGAGGACGAGCUCAAACUGAAGAGACUGAACCGCUUCGGGCUGCUGCUCGGCUGGAUCAGCUCCUUCGGGAUGUGCGUGGUCGCAAACUUCCAGAAGACCACACUGUUCUCCAUGCACCUGGUGGGGGCGGUGCUGACCUUCGGAGUGGGGGCUCUCUACAUCUUCGUCCAGACGCUGCUGUCGCUCUACAUGCAGCCUCGAGUCCACAGCAAGACCACCUACCUGAUCCGCCUCAGCAUCGGACUGUGGACGCUGAGCAGCAUCAUCAGCAUGUUUGUAUCGUCAGUCAUCAUGUACAGCAGUCUGCGGGGAGUGGACGUUCCCCAAAAAAUGCACUGGACUCCUGGAGAGACGGGCUACACUGCCCACCUCAUCAGCACCGUGUCUGAGUGGUCUCUGGCGUUCUCCUUCAUCAUGUUCUUCCUCACCUACAUCAGAGACUUCCAGAAAAUUGACCUGCGAGCAGAAGCAGUUUUGCAUAGCAGCCACCUGUACGACCUGCCGCCCGGAAACAAACGUGACUCCGCCUCCGAGUCGUCUUCACUGCUGGGAGGAGGGACGUGACGAGCAGAAGAUGUCUUCUUCUUCUUUUUUUAAAUGCUGACGAUUACCCUUUUUUAAAAAUCAAUUUUAAAGCUUUUAUAGAAAACGCUCUUAAAGCUGGUGCUAACCGCUCUUAUAGGGCCAGUACACCUCAAUGUUUUCUCUCUUCCAACCUUUCCAGUUUUGUGUUUAUUCAUACGAGUUUGGAGACGUCUGCCUCCAUGUGGAAAUUAAAUUCAGUUUGAGCUGCUUUCAACGUCAUUCAAACACAAUAUUUAUAUCCGUCUCAUGUCAGUUGUGAUGGAGACAGAAAAGUUUAAACCUGUACAAAUAAACACAAAACUGGACGAAGAGAUUUUGUCGUAUUCUUUUGAGUGAACUGGCCCUUUAAAUUCAAAUACCAAGCACUUUUCCCUCAAACAGUAUCACUCCCUCUCAGCGCUGCAUUUCACUAAAUUCAUACUUGAGAUUCAAUUUUAAAGUCUUAACUGUGUUUCACUCUGUUUGUAUCCGCUUCUCCUGAAAUGUUAAUGAAGUCCAUAAAGGGUCACAUGUUAGAAAAUUAAAAACUGAUUGAUAUUAAAAUCAGAUUAAGUGUUAAUAACAAAGAACAUUUGCUGGAGAGUUGAGGAAUCAGUCUAUGCACUGAAACACUUGAGUUUAAUAUUCUUACUGUACUGACAUCAUCUGUACAUAAAUCAUGUUAUGACUAAUAAUAAAACAUUUCCUUUUUAUUUA